AUGGGUCGGUUGCAAAAGAUUCUCAUUCCUUUUUUGGGACUGGUUUUGGCCUUCUGCUUUUAUUCUGCGAGGGAGAAUUUCAAACCGGAGAUGCUGAAGGGGAAGCGUGUGAUCGUCACUGGAGCAAGCACUGGAAUCGGGGAGCAGAUGGCAUACCACCUGGCACGGAUGGGAGCCCACGUCCUGGUCACCGCACGGACAGAGGCCAAGCUGCAGAAAGUAAAUGGCAAGCUGAGCACUCACACAUGCAUGCUCAUGGCAUGCACACACAAACGUAGGAAGGCCAAUCUCACAUCACAGGUGGUGGAGCGGUGCCGGGAGCUGGGGGCCGGCUCAGCGCGGCUCAUCAGCGGCAGCAUGGAGGACAUGGCCUUUGCCAAGCGGGUGGUGGAGGCGGCAGAGGCCGAACUGGGGGGCCUAGACAUGCUGAUUCUUAAUCACGUCGGCAAGUCGUACUUCAGUUACUUCGAUGGCAACGUCAGACACGUCCAGAAGCUCUUGGACAUCAACUUUCUCAGCUACGUGGCCAUGACGGUCUCUGCCCUGCCCAUGCUGAAGCAGAGUGGGGGCAGCAUCGUAGUGGUCUCAUCCAUGGCAGGUAAAGUUGGGUUUCCCUUUACGGUCCCCUACUCUGCAACUAAGUUUGCCCUGGAUGGAUUUUUCAGUUCCUUGAGGCAGGAAUUCCGCAUCCAGAAUGUAAAUGUUUCCAUCACGCUCUGCAUCCUCAGCUUCAUUGAUACUGAGAGCGCCGUGCGCGCUGCCGCCGAUGUGCUCCUGAUGUCCCCGGCCCCCAAAGAGGAGUGUGCCCUGGAAAUCAUCAAGGGGGGUGCCCUGCGCCAACGGGAGGUGUACUACAAAUACGCCUUGACCAAAAUCCCGCUCCUGCUGCGGGACUGGGCCGCAGAGCUGCUGGACUACCUGGUCCGGCAGCACUACCAGGUGGAGCGCCCGCCGGCCGCCUGA